UUAUGUGUUGCACCUUUAUGGAAAUAUUAGAUUUUUUUUCAGUAAUAGUAGACACAGUAGAUGAAUUCAAAAGUUGCAGUUGUGAUGGAAAUCAGCACAUAGUUGGAAGAGAAAUAAUUUGUGGAAUAUCCAAAGAGUAGAGCUACACCCCUGACUGACACAACUUUCAACCAUGAGAGACAACUUCUUCAACUAGAGGCUCAUCACAGUAUUUGAGAACUUUCUGUGAUGGGUCAGCGACUGAGUGAGGAGAGUGAUUCAGACCAGGAAAUUGAUGUUGCAGAGCUGCAGGAGUGGUAUAAGAAGUUUGUGGUGGAGUGCCCAAGUGGAACACUCUUCAUGCACGAGUUCAAGAGCUUCUUCGGCGUUACUAACAACAAGGAGGCGGCCGAUUAUAUCGAGAAUAUGUUUCGCGCAUUUGACAAGAACGGAGACAAUACAAUUGAUUUUCUAGAGUAUGUUGCAGCCCUGAACCUGGUCUUGAGGGGCAAGUUGGAACAUAAACUGAAAUGGACUUUCAAAAUGUACGACAAAGAUGGAAGUGGCUGCAUUGACAAAACAGAGCUGCUGGAGAUUGUAGAAUCCAUCUACAGACUGAAGAAAGCCUGUCAUGGAGAACUGGAUGCAGAGUGUAACCUCCUGACCCCAGAUCAAGUGGUCGACAGAAUAUUUGAACUGGUUGAUGAAAACGGAGAUGGGGAGUUGUCUCUGGAUGAGUUCAUCGACGGGGCCAGGAGGGACAAGUGGGUGAUGAAGAUGCUGCAGAUGAACGUCAACCCUGGGGACUGGAUCAGUGAACGGCGACGCAAGAGCUCUGGAGCAAGCUCUGAAGGUGAACCUCUGCAAUAAGUUUCUGCACUUCUUUCGAUCAAAAGUUGAAUCCAUCUACCAGCAGUUUCAGCUAUCCUGUGCACUGCCCCUGUGCCCAGGUGUUGGCUGACACUACCACCAUACCCACGUGGACUGUGGACUCUUGUGCAGAGGGGGCAACCAUUGCUGUAAUAACCUCCAUCUCCCUCUCUCCCCAUAACCUGCACACCACACACCAUAACUUGUCGCUUCUUUUAUAACUUUCUUUGUUUUCUCUUUUGAAAUCCCUAAUGUGUACAUAUCAGCGUGUUUCUGUUCCCACUGAUGGGUAUGUGUGUGCUCUACUGCUCAUGAUUGCAUUUUAAUAAUAAUAAUAUGCCAUUUAGCAGAUGCUUUUAUCCAAAGCGACUUACAGUCAUGUGUGCAUACAUU